AUGGCCCUGGCCCUGUGCGUCUUCACUCUGCUGGCCUCAGCCUGCCUGGUGUCGGCCAACAUCUUUGAAUACCAGGUGGAUGCCCAGCCGCUGCGGCCCUGCGAGCUGCACAGGGAGAGAGCCUUCCAGAAGCAAGCAGACCACGUUCCCCAGUGCGCGGAAGACGGCAGCUACCAGCCGGUCCAGUGCCAGGACGGCGGCAGCUCCUGCUGGUGUGUAGGCGCCGACGGCAGGGAGGUGCCUGGAAGCAGGCAGCCUGGGCGGCCGGUGGCCUGUCCGUCUUUCUGCCAGCUGCAGAGGCAGCAGAUCCUGCUGAGCGACUCUGUGAACGGCACAGCCACGCCGCCCCUCCCUCGGUGUCAGGGCUCAGGGGAGUACGCGCCGGUGCAGUGCGACCCGCGGCGGGGACAGUGCUGGUGUGUGGAUGCAGAAGGGAUGGAGGUGUACGGGACCCGCCAGCCGGGGAGGCCCGAGCGAUGUCCCAGGAGCUGUGAGAUAAGAAACCGCCGUCUCCUCCACGGGGUGGGUGACAAGUCACCGCCUCAGUGCUCCCCGGAUGGGCGCUUCCUGCCCGUGCAGUGCAAGUUUGUCAAUACCACAGACAUGAUGAUUUUCGACCUGGUUCACAGCUACAACAGGUUUCCAGAUGCGUUCGUGACCUUCAGUGCCUUCCGGAACAAGUUCCCAGAGGUGUCUGGGUAUUGUCACUGUGCGGACAGUCAAGGGCGGGAGCUGGCUGAGACAGGGCUGGAGCUGUUACUUGACGAAAUUUAUGACACCGUGUUUGCUGGCCUGGACCUCGCGUCCACCUUCGCCGAAAGCACGCUGUACCGGAUAUUGCAGAGACGGUUCCUCGCAGGCCGGCUCCUCGUCUCUGGCCGGUUCCGAUGCCCCACGAAGUGUGAAGUGGAGCGCUUCACAGCAACCAGCUUUGGUCACCCCUACGUUCCGAGCUGCCACCGGGACGGUGACUACGAGGCGGUGCAGUGCCAGAGGGGAGGGCCGUGCUGGUGUGUGGACGCCCAGGGAGCGGAGAUCCAUGGAACUCAGCGGCCAGGGCAGCAGCCAUCUUGCGUACAAGAGAACCUGAAUGCCCUGACAUUCCUCUCGUCGCUCCUGGAGCUUCCAGAAUUCCUUCUCUUCCUGCAGCAGGCCAUUGCUGUGCCAGAAGACAUAGCCAGGGACUUAGGCGACGUGACGGAGCUGGUACUCAGCUCCCAGGGCUGUGAGCAGACACCGGGUGGCCUUUUCGUCCCCCUGUGCUCGGCGGAAGGAGACUAUGAGGCGGUCCAGUGCUUUGCCGGAGAGUGCUGGUGCGUGGAUUCCCGCGGCAAAGAACUUUCUGGCUCCAGGGUUAGAGGCGGAAGGCCCAGGUGCCCCACGGAGUGUGAGAAGCAAAGGGCCCGCAUGCAAACCCUCUCGCGCAGCCAGCCCGCGGGGUCCAGCCUGUGGGUCCCUUCCUGCACCCGCGACGGGCAGUUCCACCCCGUCCAGUGCUUCAGCUCUGAGUGUUACUGCGUGGACGCUGAGGGGCAGGCCAUCCCCGGAACUCGAAGCGCGCUCGGAGAGCCCAAGCAAUGCCCCACCGCCUGUCAGUUAGAGGCCGAGCGGGCCUUCUUGCGCACAGUGCGGGCGCUGGGCUCUGCCUCCAGCCUGCUGCCAGCCUUCUCCAGCAUCUACAUCUCACAGUGCAGCGCCGACGGGCAGUGGAGGCCGGUGCAGUGCGAUGGGCCCCCAGAGCAGGCCUUCGAGUGGUAUGAACGGUGGGGAGCUCAGAACGACGGUGACCAGGAGCUGAGCCCUGCCGAGCUGCUCAUGAAGAUCGUGAGCUACAGAGAAGCCGCUUCCGGAAGCUUCCAUCUCUUUAUUCAAAGUCUGUAUGAGGCUGGCCAACAGGGCAUCUUCCCGGGGCUGGAGAGAUACUCUUCUUUCCAGGACGUCCCACUGGCAGUGCUGGAAGGGAACCUGACCCGGCCUGGAGGGAACAUCUUCCUGGAGCCCUACAUCUUUUGGCAGAUCCUGAAUGGCCAGCUCGACCGAUACCCAGGGCCCUAUGCGGACUUCAGCACGCCUCUGGCACACCUCGACCUCCGAAGCUGCUGGUGUGUGAAUGAGGCGGGUCAGGAGCUGGAAAGCAGCCGGACGGAGCCAAGCAAGGUCCCAGCAUACUAUGAGGCGGUCCAGUGCUUUGCCGGAGAGUGCUGGUGCGUGGAUUCCCGCGGCAAAGAACUUUCUGGCUCCAGGGUUAGAGGCGGAAGGCCCAGGUGCCCCACGGAGUGUGAGAAGCAAAGGGCCCGCAUGCAAACCCUCUCGCGCAGCCAGCCCGCGGGGUCCAGCCUGUGGGUCCCUUCCUGCACCCGCGACGGGCAGUUCCACCCCGUCCAGUGCUUCAGCUCUGAGUGUUACUGCGUGGACGCUGAGGGGCAGGCCAUCCCCGGAACUCGAAGCGCGCUCGGAGAGCCCAAGCAAUGCCCCACCGCCUGUCAGUUAGAGGCCGAGCGGGCCUUCUUGCACACAGUGCGGGCGCUGGGCUCUGCCUCCAGCCUGCUGCCAGCCUUCUCCAGCAUCUACAUCCCACAGUGCAGCGCCGACGGGCAGUGGAGGCCGGUGCAGUGCGAUGGGCCCCCGGAGCAGGCCUUCGAGUGGUAUGAACGGUGGGGAGCUCAGAACGACGGUGACCAGGAGCUGAGCCCUGCCGAGCUGCUCAUGAAGAUCGUGAGCUACAGAGAAGCCGCUUCCGGAAGCUUCCAUCUCUUUAUUCAAAGUCUGUAUGAGGCUGGCCAACAGGGCAUCUUCCCGGGGCUGGAGAGAUACUCUUCUUUCCAGGACGUCCCACUGGCAGUGCUGGAAGGGAACCUGACCCGGCCUGGAGGGAACAUCUUCCUGGAGCCCUACAUCUUUUGGCAGAUCCUGAAUGGCCAGCUCGACCGAUACCCAGGGCCCUAUGCGGACUUCAGCACGCCUCCGGCACACCUCGACCUCCGAAGCUGCUGGUGUGUGAAUGAGGCGGGUCAGGAGCUGGAAAGCAGCCGGACGCAGCCAAGCAAGGUCCCAGCAUCCGUCGACUUCUAUCAACGACGCGGCUUUCUCCGGGGUGAUGAUUCCGCACGAGCAUCCACUCUCCUGGGGCCCGGCCCUUACGUGCCCCAGUGUGACGCAUGGGGAGGCUGGGAGCCUGUGCAGUGCCACGCCAGGACUGGGUACUGCUGGUGUGUGGACAGGAGGGGAGAGUACGUCCCUGCCUCGCUGGCGGCCCGCUCCCCGCAGACCCCCCGGUGCCCCACUGCCUGUGAGGCAUCUCGGGCCACUGGGCUGCUCUCCAGUUGGAAGCAGGCUGGGUCCCAGGGAAAUCCAUCUCCAAAAGACCUGUUCAUCCCAACCUGCCUGGAGAUGAAGAAGUGGAAGUUUGAGGAGUUAGAGACGCAGAGCCAGGACUCGGGCACAGCUCCUUUGGAGCUCACGGCCACCCUCAGCAGGUACCAGUUUGGGAACCGCGGCGGCCAGCUCGGAAGGGAGGAAGUGCUUGGAGGCGAGAAGUCAGACAGGGCCAACUGCAGCCCUCACUGCCCCGGGGGCAGAGGGGAUGGGACCGUCCAGGCUGGCGGCCGCACGUCUGGCUUGGGACUACCCGGCGGUCCCCGGUGCCCGCUGCCCUUCGGCGCGGCGGGUGUGGCCGGGGGAGCGGUCCUGUGCGAGCCCGCGGAGGGCACCGCUGUCCAGCGUUGUCAGUUGCUGUGCCACCGCGGUUACCGGAGCGCGUUCCCGCCAGCGCCACUGCUCUGCGGCCUCCAGGAGGGACGCUGGGAGUCACAGCCACCCCAGCCUCGUGCCUGCCAGCGGCCCCAGCCGUGGCACACCCUCCAGGCCCGAGUGCGCAUCCUGCUCCGACUCCCGCCCGGCACCGGCUGCGGUGCUGACGACGCGGCCUGGCUGCCGGCUUUCCGGGUCUUCGUAUCAGACGAGCUCACGGCCCGUGGCUUCUGUCAGAUCCAGGCGAGGACGUUUGGGGCCCCCGUGUCCGUCCCCGUGUGCGAUGAUUCCACAGUGCAGGUGGAGUGCGUGACUGAGGAGCGUUUAGGAGUCAACAUCACGUGGAAGUUGCGACUCCAGGAUGUCCCUCCAGCCUCUCUUCCUGAUUUGCGUGACAUCGAGGAGGCUUUGGUCGGCAAGGAUCUCAUUGGACGCUUCACAGAUCUGAUCCAAAGUGGCGAGUUCCAGCUUUCUCUAGACUCCAAGACAUUCCCAGCAGACACCUCCGUCUACUUCCUCCAAGGAGACAGCCUUGGCUCUUCUCCCAGCACGUGGUUUGGGUGCUUGGAAGGAUUCCUCCCAGUCUCGGCUGCCGGGAACACCGCUCCGGACCCACUGGGGUGCGGUGUCACCGACUGUCAGAGGAAUGAGGCGAGCCUGCAGUGCGACCAUGACGGCCAGUUCCGGGCCAGCCAGAUGGACCGGGACAGCGGGAAGGCCUUCUGCGUGGACGGCGAGGGGCGGAGGCUGCCGUGGUCGGAAACGGAGGCCCCGCUCUCCGACGCCCAGUGUCUGGUGAUGCGCAAAUUCGAGAAGGUUCCAGAAUCGAAGGUGACCUUCAGUAUGGAUGUCACUGGGGCGGGCAGGUCCAAAGUGCCCGGUUCUGAGUCUCCGCUGAUGCAAUGCUUGACGGACUGUGCCUCGGAUGAAACCUGUAGCUUCCUCACCGUGUCCACGGCGGGAUCAGAUGUCUCCUGUGAUUUCUACUCUUGGAUGAGUGACAACAUGGCUUGCACAGCUUCUGCUCAGCAUCAAGGCCCCCUGGGGAACUCAGAGGCCACCGGAUUUGGGAGUCUUCAGUGCCAGGUGACCUUGAGGAGCGGGGCUCAAGACUCUACGGCUGUGUAUCUGAAAAGAGGCCAAGAAUUCAGCACAGCGAGUCAGAAGAGCUUCGAGCCAACGGGUUUCCAGAACACACUCUCUGGAAUGUAUAGGGCCAUCGUGUUCCCAGCCUUGGGAGCUGACCUGAUGGGGGUCCAUCUCUUCUGUCUUCUGGCGUGUGACCGUGAUUCGUGUUGUGACGGCUUCAUCCUUUCGCAGGUCCAAGGAGUUCCAGCUGCCCUGGAAGGAACUCGGAGUGCCGUUGCCAGCUUCCGGCAGGUGUAUCUCUGGAAAGAUUCUGACAUGGGGUCUCGGUCUGAGUCUAUGGGAUGCAGAAAAGACACAGAGGGAAGGCCAGCAUCGCCAACAGAGCCAGAUUUGACAACAGAACGUUUCUUCCCUGUGGACCUUAGCCAGGUCAUUGUCAAUGGAAGCCUAUCCCUGCCCAACCAGCAGCACUGGCUUUCCAAACACCUGUUUUCAUCGCAGCAGGCAAACCUGUGGUGCCUGUCUCGCUGUGUCCAAGAGCCUUCUUUCUGUCAGCUGGCGGAGAUCACAGACAGUGCGCCCUUGCACUUCACCUGCACCCUCUACCCAGAGGCCCAGGUGUGUGACGACGUCAUGGAGUCCAGUCCCAAGGGCUGCAGACUGAUCCUGCCCCACCAGCCAAAGACCCUGUACCGGAGGAAGGUUACUCUGAAAGAUAAAGUGAAGAACUUUUAUACUCGCCUGCCAUUCCAAAAACUGACGGGGAUUUCCAUUAGAAACAAAGUGCCCAUGUCUGAAAAAUCCAUUUCCAACGGCUUCUUCGAGUGUGAACGGCUGUGUGACGCGGACCCGUGCUGCGCUGGCUUUGGCUUCCUCAACGUGUCCCAGCUGAAAGGCGGAGAGGUGACGUGCUUGAUUCUGAACAGCCUGGGACGUCAGACGUGCAGUGAGGAAAAUGGAGGAGCCUGGCGCAUUUUGGGCUGCGGCUCCCCUGACACUGAGGUCCACACCUAUCCCUUUGGAUGGUACCAGAAACCUGUUGCUCAGAACGCUGCUCCUGGUUUUUGCCCCUCGGUGGUUCUGCCUUCCCUCCCGGAGAAAGUCGCCCCCGGCUCGUGGCAGUCCCUGGCCCUCUCCGCAGCAGUUGUUGACCCGUCCAUCAGGAACUUUGAUGUUGCCCACAUCAGCACGGCCGCCACCAGUGACUUCUCUGAUGCCAGAGACUUCUGUUUGUUGGAAUGUUCCCGCCACCAGGCCUGCCUCGUCACCACUCUGCAGACCCGACCCGGUGCUGUGAGGUGUGUCUUCUAUGCCGAUACCCAGAUCUGCACACAUAGCCUGCAGGACCAGAACUGCCGGCUUCUGCUCCGUGAAGAGGCCACCCACAUUUACAGAAAGCUGAACAACCCUCUGCUCAGCUAUGAGACACCUGCACCUUCGGUGACCGUCACCCCCCACGGCCAGCUGCUGGGCAGGUCCCGGGCCGUCCGGGUGGGAACUUCCUGGAAGCAGGUGGACGAGUUCCUGGGAGUUCCGUACGCCUCCCCGCCCGUGGCAGAGGGCCGCCUCCGGGCGCCGGAGCCCUUGAACUGGACAGGGUCCUGGGAUGCCACCAAGCCACGGGCCAGCUGCUGGCAGCCAGGCACCGGAACGCCCACGUCUCUCGGAGUCAGUGAAGAUUGCUUGUAUCUUAACGUGUUCGUCCCUCAGAACAUGGCCCCCAACGCGUCCGUGCUGGUGUUCUUCCACAACACCGUGGAGGGCAGGGGCAGCACAGGACAGCUGGCCAUCAACGGCUCCUUCCUGGCUGCCGUCGGCAACCUCAUCGUGGUCACCGCCGGCUACCGCGUGGGCGCCUUCGGCUUCCUGAGCUCUGGCUCUGGAGAGGUGAGUGGCAACUGGGGACUGCUGGACCAGCUGGCGGCUCUGACCUGGGUGCAGACCCACAUCGCAGUGUUUGGUGGGGACCCUCGACGUGUGACCCUGGCGGCAGACCGUGCUGGGGCCGAUGUGGCCAGUAUCCACCUUCUAACCACCAGGGGCUCUGACUCCAGACUCUUCCAGAGGGCUGUGCUGAUGGGCGGCUCCGCGUUCUCCCCAGCCGCUGUCAUCAGCCAGGAGAGGGCUCAGCAGCAGGCGGCUGCUUUGGCAGAGGAGGUCGGCUGCCCCACCUCAUCCGUCCAAGAAAUGGUGUCCUGUCUCCGCCAGAGGCCCGCCAGCAUCCUCAAUGACGCCCAGACCAAGCUCCUGGCCGUGAGUGGCCCUUUCCACUACUGGGGUCCUGUGGUCGAUGGCCAGGAUGUCCGCGAGGCUCCAGCCAGGGCACUACGGAGAUCUCCACGGGCCAAGGUCGAUCUGCUAAUUGGAAGUUCUCAAGAUGACGGGCUCAUCAACAGAGCAAAAGCUGUGAAGCAAUUUGAGGAAAGUCAAGGCCGGACCAGUAGCAAAACAGCCUUUUACCAGGCGCUGCAGAAUUCACUGGGCGGCGAGGACGCGGACGCCGGGGUCCAGGCGGCUGCGACAUGGUACUAUUCCUUGGAGCACUCCACUGAUGACUAUGCCUCCUUCUCCCGGGCCCUGGAGAAUGCCACCCGGGACUACUUCAUCACCUGUCCUGUGAUCGACAUGGCCAGGCACUGGGCCAGGAGAGCCCGAGGACACGUCUUCAUGUACCACACUCCCGAAAGCUACGGCCACAGCAGCCUGGAAGUGCUGGCAGAUGUUCAGUAUGCCUUUGGCCUUCCCUUCCACCCUACCUACGAAGGGCAGUUUACUCUGGAGGAGAAAAGCCUGUCACUGAAAAUCAUGCAGUUCUUUUCCAACUUCAUCCGAUCCGGCAACCCCAACUACCCACAUGAGUUCUCCAGGAAAGCCCCUGAAUUUGCAACCCCCUGGCCUGACUUUGUCCCACGUGCCGGCGGGGAGACCUACAAGGAAUUCAGCGCCCUGCUUCCCAAUCGACAGGGCUUGAAAAGCGCUGACUGCUCCUUCUGGUCCAAGUACAUCCAGUCUCUGAAGGCCACAGCAGAUGAGACCAAGCAGGGGCCACCUGCAGAGACUGAAGAGGAGGACCAGCUGACUGGAGAGCCAGGCUCCAAGAGCUACAGCAAGUGAAUGUCUCCUAAGACACCCCUGCCCAGUCUGCCAGCCCCACCUCCCGCUGCCACUAAGGGCAAAGCCACUAACUUUCAAUAAAGUGUCCACUUGCAAUAAAGCACUGGUGACUCA